AUGGCUCCAACGACUCCCACUACCACUUUCUAUCCGGGCGACCUGCCAUAUGCCCGGCCAGCUUUGAUGCGCCCGCCUUCACCAGCGGGCUCGAUCAACACCGAGUACGGCCCAGACGAGACUGAUCCCAAGGAGCUGGCUAUGUCGGAUGAGGAGUUCGAGAGGAAGAUACUGGCUGAGCUCAAGAUCGAUCAACCAGCGGACCCCGAAGUUCAGGCCGACAUGAUGCCUAUCCGAUUCCCAUUCUUUCAACCAGGCUCUCACGAGGAGCGCGUGGUAUAUCAGCAUACACUCUACAUGCUAGAGAAGCGCGUGCAGGAGCUUGAUGAGAACGAACUCGUUGAGAGUAUCAUGAUGCGGGGGUCCAGCGUGCAGAUGGAUACGCCGACGUCGUCGAACGAUGUUGACGAAAUUAUGCGAAGCAUGAUGGGGUCUACGAUCUCGAGGGCCGUCUCAGAAGUUCGGAAGGAAGAUCCUCGCAUGUCUGCAAACGACCUGGGGGACGAUCGAGCAGACGUAUUUGGGCAACCUGUAUCCUGGAAGGGAAAGGAACCGGCGAGGUGA